UUCUUAAAAACCGGUGGGAAAAGUUUUGUUUUAUAAAAAAAAAAAAAAGGGAAAAUAGAUUUGCCACCGGUUCUAACCAAACCAAUGGGAAAAGUAUGUUUCUCGCACCGGUUCUAACAAAACCGAUGGGAAAAGUGUUAUGAAAUAAAAAAAAACCGCUUAUAUUCUUCUUUCCUUCUCCUUCAAUUCCUUGAUCUUUCCUCCUCUCUCGUCUGCGCUACCUCUCUCUCCUCUCCCUCUCCUCCAUUAAAAUGAACCUCUCUGUACUCCUUCCUCCUCUGUACUCCUUCAUAUCUUUCUCGCCGUACUCCUUCCUCUCUCCCUCGUCCAGUUAAGCGUUUCUCGCUGUACUCUUUCCUCUCUCUCUCCUCCAUUUAAGCGUACUCCUCCCUUUCACCGCUCUAAUUUGUGGUCAAUUUUUCCGCUCGCCACAGCCCUCUCUUUCACUCACUCACUACUAAAGGGAUUUGCAUAAGGCGACUCAGAAUUUCACAACAUUGGUUGGCCAGGGUGCAUAUGGUCCUGUGUACAAAGCUCAGAUGUCAACUGGUGAAAUAGUUGCUGUGAAGGUGCUGGCAACUGAUUCAAAGCAAGGGGAGCGAGAAUUUGAAACAGAGGUUAAGCUGUUAGGAAGGUUGCAUCACAGGAACCUCUUGAAUUUGCUUGGAUAUUGUACAGAGAAGGGAAAAAACAUGCUUAUAUAUGCGUAUAUGAGCAAUGGCAGCCUAGCUUCCCAUUUAUACAGCAGUUCCUCCUGUGAUACAUCGUGACAUUAAAUCUUCCAACAUUUUGUUGGAUCAGUCAAUGAAAGCUAGGGUAUGUGCAUUGUUAUCACUUAAAUCUCCUGUGAUACUCUAGAGUUAGCUUAAAUCCUUCCCCUACAAUGGACAUCAAUGCUGCCAUCGGCAAUGAGGACACCAGCUUGGGUAGGGAAAUGGCAUUUGAUACUACAAAGACAAACACCAUUGCCACCAAUGUCACUGUGCUCUGCUCUGCAUCAGUUUUGCAUUCUUGCCACCUUGAAGUCCUGAGUUCUAUUAGUUUUUGUAUACUGUCAGACAACAUAUGUUAGUGUUUAUAUGUCCAAAAAUAUAUAUGUUAGUGUUUAUAUGUCCAUUUUUUUUUAGUUUUUUAAAGUGUAAUUUUACAAGUUAUUGAGGCAAAUAUAUGUGUUUUAUGUAUAUUAUGAU